AUGUCAUUCAAGCCAACCAUCAGCGUUCACGCGACGCCUCAGGAGCUCUCUGCUGCAGGGUGUCGAAAGAUAGUGGAAAUCAUAGAGACUUCAGGGAGCCAACAAUGGCCUUUGUCCAUCGCCCUUGCGGGUGGUUCCACGCCAAAGAUGACCUACGCGCGGCUGCAUGAUGAGCACCUUAAUUUGCUUAGGGAGAAGCGCGCGCUGCGUUUUUUUAUGGGAGAUGAGCGGAUGGUCCCCGCCGACUCCACCGAUUCCAACUACAACAUGGCGAGGGAAGUCCUUCUUCACGACAUCCCCGACGACCUCGUUUUUCCUUUCGACACCAGCGCCGUCACGCCUUCGGCAGAGGCGACAUCUGCUGACGCCAUGAGGGUGGCUGAGGCGUACGGAAAGCAACUUGCCUCGCUUCUUCCCCUGAAGAGUGUGGGAGAAGCGGGAGCGAAAGUUCCCGUCUUUGAUGUCGUACUCUUGGGUUUGGGGUCUGAUGGCCACACGGCCUCCAUUUUCCCAGGAAGCCAGGCUGAAAAGGAGACAGACGGAAAGGUGGUUGUCAGCGUAGGAUUCCCCAGCGAAACCAUGAAGCCGAAGGUGUGGCGUGUCACGCUGUCGCCAGCAACGAUUAUGCAAGCGCGUAAUGUCAUCGUACUUGCGACGGGUGCAGAGAAGAAAUGGGUUGUUGAUGGCAUACUGGCGGACACCGCCCAUAAAGCUCCCGUUGCUCGCUUCCUUCGGGGUUGUGAGGGGAACGUUUCGUUCUUGUUAGAUAAGGAGAUUGCUGAAAACUUGGCAAAGUUUUGA